AUGCCACCUAGUCCACCCAAUAGCAACAACACAGCUCAAGGCCGUCACCAUCAUCAUCAUCAUCACCAUCACCAUCCCAUCAUAGUGGAAAGAACCAUACGUACAUGUGAACCUUGUAGGCGGCGUAAACGACAAUGCAAUGGUAUCAAGCCAUGUACUCAGUGUGUUGAGUCACACAUCGAUUGUGUGUACAGCGUGGUUUCCGAUGUACCUCGUUCAGUCUUCACUACCAGUACAGCACGUCGUCUUAGCUCUGGAUCAGCUUGUGAGACCUGCCGUCGACGUAAAACGAAAUGCGAUGGUGGAAGUCCAUGUGGGUUUUGUGCCUCUGCAGGUGUCGAAUGUGUCAACAAUUCUGAACGAAGGAAACGUGCUAUGGGUAUCCCAACAACAACAAGUGCAAAUGCAACAUCUUCAGCAGCUAUACCAAGUGUAGCCCCUCCACCGGAUCCUGAUGCCAUUGAUCGUAUUGAAGAUAGACUACGUCGAAUUGAAAAGCUGAUGACGGCUUUUACUCCUGCAGCUAAUAGUCCACUUGCUGCAUCUACACGACCCAUACAUUGCUCAUCGCCACCACCACCAACGUCAUCUGGAAGACGUAUGAUUCGACAUCAUCGCCACUCUGUACAAGGUAUCAGCGUUACGAAAGAGCAAGCUGAACUGCGAACAGCUUACGCGCUUAAAAAACGUGGAGGCAUGUCGCCACCACCAUCACCUUAUUACGAUACAAAUGGUGGUAGCAAUAGCAACAAUACCAGUGCUGCUGCUAUUGCAAGGUAUGCAACGCCUCCAAACAGUGGUGGAAAAGCGCGAUACAACCAUCAAAAUCAUGCAUCCUCGCCAUCUCCACCACCAUCAUUAUCUCCUAUCAUGCGUCAAAACAGCUCAACAACACAGCCCAUUACAUCGUCCAUGUUCAAUCUUACGCUAUCACCAUCCUCUUCGACAACGUCAUCCACGUCCAACAAUUCUUCAAUGAUGAUCCCACCUUUGACGACACCACAAUCAUCCAUGUCAGCACCUCCAAUGGCUGUUCCUCCUCAAUCACACAACCAUUAUCAACAACAUGCUGCUGAACAUCAACCAGCAAUACAUAGGGGACAUCACAACACAACAAGUAUAUCAACAUCCUCUGAAAAUGAAUGGAAAAUUGCCACUUCCACGAGCAUGCCAAGCUUAAUGGAUCAAUUGUCAAAGAGAACAUUUGGCAACACACCAGCAUUUACAUUUCCCCCUUAUCCAUUGACGCCAUCACCUCAUCAUCAUCAUCAGCAACAAACUUCUCCUCCUGCAGCAUCAUCACCAUCAUCCACCAUUGAAUGA